AUGCUAAACACUUCGAACACUCAGUUUCACGUCCUUCUUGGAGUCUCAUUUGUCUUGACAAGUCUUGCCAUGCUGGUUAGGGCAAACGAUGAUUCUACUUCUUCUUCUUCGGGUGCAAGUGUCAAAGUUGUUUAUGUAGAGAAAGAUGGAACAACGCGAGUCGAAGAUUAUGAUUAUUUGUUCAGUUCUGCUUUUACUCAACUCAUUUGUCACUUGGUGUCUUUUAUUUUACCGGCCUAUGCGUCAUUCAAGGCCAUUCGAUCACCACAAUCAAAUGAUGACAAGCAUUGGUUAAUUUAUUGGAUUAUUUAUGCUCUCAUUCAUGUGUUCGAGUAUUACUUGUUGGUCAUUGUUGUCUUUAUUCCAUUUUAUUGGGAAAUUAAAUUCUUUUUCAUUAUUUGGCUUAUUGCACCCCAAACCAGAGGUGCCACACUCCUUUAUGUAAAAUAUGUGGAGCCAUUCCUCAAUAAGCACGAACAAGAAAUUGAUGAACAAGUGUCCAACGUUCAAAAGAGAGCCAGUGUUGCAGUCCAAGGUUUGGCAAAACAGGUCGUUCAUUCUGUCAUCAGUGGAAGCUUUGAACAAAAAGAAAAGUAA